AUAUAUACACAUCAUCUAUAUACCCAUGAGAGCCUUGUGUCUUAUAUUUUUCUCCCCAUUUCCAAGCAGUCAUUUGCUAUUAUUCUAUGACGAUGAUUGUUGCUCAGGUCAUCUGUCCGUCGUCCAUAACUCCCCAACAACAAAUUAAUACUCCUUCUAUCUCAACAUUAAAAUGCAAAAUUCUUCCUUCAAAUAAUUCUUUAUUCAACAAACACCCACUUCGAUUGUGCUCAUCCUCUUCUCUUAAACAAAAAAGAUAUUCAAGAUUUUCAAUAAGUUGUUCUGUUGAUAAUGAUUCUACUGCUGCAAAACAGAGGUGUGUUGUUAAAGAGAAAAGUGUUUCUGUGGUUCUUCUUGCUGGAGGGAAAGGAAAAAGAAUGGGUGCAAGCAUGCCAAAGCAGUACCUUCCACUUUUAGGACAGCCGAUUGCUUUGUAUAGUUUCUACACUUUUUCAACGAUGCAUGAAGUUAAGGAAAUUGUUGUAGUUUGUGAUCCAUCUUACCAGGACAUUUUCGAAGACUCCAGAGGAAAGAUCAAUGUGGACCUAAAAUUUGCAUUGCCCGGAAAGGAAAGACAAGAUUCUGUGUACAGUGGACUUCAGACAAUCGAUAGAAACUCUGAACUUGUGUGUAUUCACGAUUCUGCUAGACCAUUGGUAACAUCCAGUGAUGUAGAAAAGGUUCUGAAUGAUGGGUUGCGAGUUGGAGCUGCAGUUCUCGGUGUUCCUGCUAAAGCUACUAUCAAAGAGGGAAAUAGUGAGUCAUUUGUGGUCAAGACCUUAGAUCGGAAAACACUUUGGGAAAUGCAAACUCCACAGGUCAUCAAGCCUGAUUUGUUGAAGCAAGGUUUUGAGCUUGUAAAUAGAGAAAACCUUGAAGUCACGGAUGAUGUGUCGAUUGUUGAGCACCUCAAACAUCCUGUCUACAUCACAGAAGGAUCUUAUACAAACAUCAAGGUUACAACUCCUGAUGAUUUAUUACUUGCUGAAAGAAUACUAAACACCACGUCGCCUGUGCCAGCAUAAACAUUCAUUUUCUGUGACCCCGUAAAUGUUAACUUGAGUUGAAUGGUGGUUGUGUGAUUCUCGAAAAGGCCGCACACAUUUUCCCCCCUGUAUCUUUAGUGUAAACCAAUUAACUUUACAUAUUGCAAUAUAAGAUUUUCAUAUUACUUUUUUGAAAUGUUUCUAUUAUAUUUUGUAAUAAUUCUAAGAUUGAGAAGGUUUGUAUCUUGAAUAAUGAAUAUGAUCCUCUAUCUGUUUUCCGUCAA